UGAAAAAGUGUAUGUGGCUGGGAAGCGGAACUGUGAAUAGCGCAUAACCUUAAAGAAAUUCAUUAAACAUGUUACAAAAAUGCUUCAGAGCCUCCUAGUAAUUUUCCUUAUAGUAAAGAAUCUCAAUGAUACUAUCAGGGAUGGUAGCAACUGUACGGGAUGAUAAUAUAUGGUUUAAACAAGUAUCUUACCUAGAAAAGGAUGGAAUGUGUACGCUUUUUUGAAACCUAACUGUCACCCACAACGUUUUAUGUAUAGUCAUACAUAAAGAUGAAGUGCCAGUAGAGUGCUAUUUACUUUAGUCCAUACUUUGUAAAAGGAGAAUAGCGGACUGUUGUCUGUCCGUUCCAGACAUAGUUGUUCAGAAAAAUAAAUGAACAGUUAUCAUACAACACUUUCUCAGCUGACGUAAAUUGAGCUGAAGUGUUUUCUUUUUAAUUUAUUCGUCAACAACACGCCUUUUCGCUCCAACAAGGAAGUGGUCAUAAGCAGUAGGAGCACACUAUCUGUUGUUCAGAAAAACGGACAACAUUCAGUAUGUCGAGCAACAAGUGCAAAAAUUGUGGUGGUACAGACAUAGAUGUCGACCCAGCCCGUGGUGAUGCUGUGUGCACCAGCUGUGGUUCUGUGCUGGAGCAUAGUAUAAUUGUGUCAGAAAUACAGUUUGAAGAUAAUGCACAAGGAGGAAGAGGGACAAUAGGGCAGUUCGUGUCAUCUGAUUCAAAAGGUGGAGCCAGAAACUUUGGAGGGGCUUUUCAUGCUGGCUUCGGGAAGGAAUCAAGAGAGAUCACACUACGCAAUGCUAAGCGAGCUGUUACUAACCUAGCCCAGCAGCUAAGGUUAAACCAGCACUGCAUUGACACAGCAUACAAUUUUUACAAGAUGGCACUGACAAGGCAGUUAACAAAAGGAAGAAAAAAUACUCAUGUUGUAGCAGCCUGUGUUUACAUGACUUGCAGAGUUGAAGGAACAGCACAUAUGUUGAUUGAUUUCAGUGAUGUGCUUCAAAUUUGUGUGUAUGAACUGGGACGCACAUACCUCCGAUUAUCACAAGCUUUGUGUAUCAACAUUCCAUCAAUGGGUAAAGCAGGUGACGGCGUUAGUUUCAUCGGCAGGUUACUGGGAAAAUGCAGUCAGUCUACAAAGAAGAUUGUUAACCCAAUGCACCCCUGUUUAUACAUUCUAAGAUUUGCAAAUAGACUAGAAUUUGGAGAUAAGACUCAUGAAGUUUCCAUGACUGCAUUGCGUCUAGUGCAGCGAAUGAAACGAGACAGCAUCCAUACUGGAAGAAGACCUUCUGGCCUAUGUGGUGCAGCUUUGUUGAUUGCUGCCCGACUACAUGAGUUCAGUCGCACAGUCUCUGAUAUAAUUAAAAUAGUAAAAGUUCAUGAAUCAACAUUGAAAAAAAGACUAAUAGAGUUCGGUGAAACACCUUCAAGUGCGCUGACUCUUGAAGAAUUUAUGACAAUUGAUUUAGAAGAGGAACAAGAUCCACCAUCGUUUAAGGCAGCUCGGAAGAAAGAUAAAGAAAGAUUAAAGAUGUUGGAGGAAGAGGGUGUAGAAAAAGACUUUACAGAACUGCAGCGGGAGAUUGAAAAACUUCUUGAUGAAAGAAAUAACAAGAAGCGGAAAAGAAAAGUUAUAAUAGAUGCAGGUCCAAAUUCUGAUAAUGAAUGUGAAGAAGCUGAAAAUUUUAUUGUGGAAUCAACACUGGGAACAAUUGAGGGCUGUAUUACAGAUGAUGUCAACUGCUCAUCCAAUAGCAGCAAUGUUGUAGGAUUAGGACCAGACAUUGCCAGCAUGGGCUUAACAGGAUCUGUUGAUGAUCAUACACAGAAAGAGGCAGAAGAGGAAAAUGCUGAGUUAGAUCUCGAUGGAAUAGAUGAUGCUGAAAUCGACUCGUAUAUUAUGUCAGAAAAAGAAACUAAGUAUAAAGAUGAUCUCUGGAUGAAAAUUAAUGCUGCUUAUCUCGAGAAACAGAAAGAAAAAGCUGAAAAGUUGGCAAAGGAAAAAGAAGAAGGGAAGCCAGAAAAGAAGAAAAGAAGAUGCGGAAAUAGGAAAAUUAGAAUCCCACCUUCAAGUUCUGCAGGAGAAGCAAUUGAGAAAAUGCUGCAAGAGAAAAAAAUAUCAUUAAAAAUUAAUUAUGACGUCUUAAAAAGCCUAAAUGCAAAAGAUGAAGGACAGCCUGAGAAGACGUCUGAAUCAACAACAGCUGGCUCAGCCAGCUCAUCGCAGCUAGUAAAAUCUUUGCCUGCAAGGGAACUCACGAGUAAUAAAACACUCCAUACUAAAGUUGUUGAGAAAACAAAUGAGUUUCCAGUUGAAGUAAUUGAGGAUAAAGAUGAAGAUGUGACACCGGUUCCAGGUAGUGCAGAACAAUCAUCAACUACACUACCGACAACAGACACAGUUGAUGUCCAGGAUAUUGAAAUGGAUGAAGCGGAAGAUUUUGAAGAUGAACCUGAGCCUGAACCUGAGAAUAGUGAAAUAUCUUUGGCACAGAUGCUCAACCAUCAUAGGGAUGAUGAUGAAUAUUAUGGAGCUGAUGAUUAUGAUGAAUACUGAGUGCAUGACAGUCUGUGAACCUGUCCUACAUGUUCAUCAAAAGGAGAUUGCAUGUCAUGGAUUUAAGGUAUUAAAAAGACAUAUGAAGAAAAUAAUGUAUAAAUAUGCUCAUUCCAAAAUAUUUUAUUUGUAUCAUUUUUUAUUUAUUUCAUAUGCCAUAUAUGCACUGAAAUACGAAUCAUGUUUUGUAAUACUUUGAUAAUUCACUCCACUGUGAAGCAAUGGAAUAAUGAAGAAUAAUUAUUUUUCAACAACAAA